UUAGCUUUAAAAUUUACAGCAAUAUGUUAUAAAACUGAAAAAAAUUUAAAACUAAACUCCCAUCCCUUUAUUUAUUUAUUAACAAUGUCGAAAAACGAUGACAGUCUCUUCCUUCUGGAAGUAUUGAUAGAUAAAAUUGUAUUUGUUAAAAGUCCUUGUUUUUCAGACAAAGAUUUUAGAACGUGUGUUAACAUCGAGUGCAAUGGAGUUGAGCCCUUAGAAGUAUGUGAUGAUGAUCCAAACGUGGGGAUUGCGAGUAGUGGUGGGCCAUUCGUUAAACAAUUCAACACAGGAAAAUCAUGCCUCUUUUCACUCAAAGAAAGUGACAUUAGCGCUGCCAUGAGCAAAUUUCCUGUAAAAGUAACGGUGUAUAAAUCGCUUCCAUGUGGUUGUCUACCAACAAAAAUAGUUAUGGGUGAAUGUACAAUAGAUAUGACAAAAGAGUUUGUUGAAACGAGGAAGAACUUCCUAGAAGAUCCGUCUAGCGUCAGCUAUCAAGCAUUGAAGGACUCAUUUCGAUUCGUUGGUCCAGACGGUGACGAGACCGGGGAGAUCGUAAUGUUUUUACGAAUAUCAUGCUUUGGAAAGUUGAUCAUAACUUCAUUUCAAGGUGCAAGCGGUGGUGCCCCUAGUUUGGGUGGAAAAGCUGGAGGAAGUUCAGGGAUUGUAGAUAGGUCGUGUACUCCUAAAAAAGACUUUCAGUCAACAGAGGAUCCUUGCGUGUGUGGUGCAGCGAGAGGCCAUGGCGGGGCAGGUGGUUCCGGUGGAUACACUUGCACUGGCGGUGGCGGCGUUUGUCCUCCUGCUCGAGAUCCUUACAAUACCAUGCCGUGCAUAGAUCCUGAUGAUCCUUGUUAUUGUUCUGGACCUAAACCUGCUGAAAAACAAAACAUGGCCUGUCGAAACACUGAUCAAUAUUGUUUACAUGUCCCUAAAGAUUGCUGCCCCACUGGGAACAAAGUCAUAUUCCAAGUACCAACGGAUUCUUGUGGAAAUGGACAUAAACAACGUGUCCUGUCGAGCUCUCUAUUCUACCAAGAACUGAACGAUGAACAAAUAAAUAAAUUACUCGCAAAAAGCAGCGUGGAACUUCCUUUAGAUAAAUGUAAUAAACUUAUGAAAGUGUAUAACAACGUAAUACUUUUACCGUCCUGCGAAAAUAGUGUACUUAAAACACUCAAGAUGUCGGCACCAAUGAAGUUAUUAUCUGAAGAACCAUCACGAAGUUACACGAAUUUGAAUUUGUCCUAUAGCUCCUUGACAAGUACCUGUUAUGAAAGAAACACAGAAGCUUGCUAUCCAAGAAGUUCAUAUAACAGUUUUGGUACAGGGAAUUAUUGUGAAACAGAAAGUGCAUUUGGUGCAAGGGAAACGGCCGUAUACAUGACUCUUUUUGACGAAUACUGUCCUAGUAAAUGUUCAGGUACUCAGGCGACGGCACUUAUAAACAAAUGUUUUCAAGUUCGCAGCGAUAAUAAUUCCUACGAUAUGAAUUCUGACCAGUAUUCCAACUACACGAUGUCAACUGUACCGCCCCAAGACAGUAGAAGUGUUCGAUACGUUACAGGUGCAAUGAAUUAUUCAGAAGUUUACUUUUUCGGGAGAAAGAAAGAGCCAGAAAAGGGGAUGGGAGGAAAAGAAUCUAAAACAAGACUUUGUAAAACUGGAAAACCUCCAUCUGCUCCUAGUAAAAGUACAGCUACCAAAACGACACGAUCUAAAGACCAAAGUACUUGCUCAUCUCAAACAAAAAGGAAAUUGGGUGCAAACACAUCAACAGGUACUUAUAAAUCUGUUACAAUCAAAGACGAUAAGCCUGAAAAGCCUUGCCCUGCUGUGAGUGCUUCAAAGGGGGAGAUGAUGGCGACUGUAUCACAUAUUAAAAUAGGACCAAAGGAACCUUGCCCCGUGCAUGGUAAGGAUCCGUGUCAGGGACCAAAGUGCAUUGUAGCAUCUUCCGGAGAAAGUUCAGCCCCUGUAAAGGUUACUACAGUUACGAAUGCACGAAGAGGUGUUUUUGAAUUAGUUAUUAGAAGAAUAACAGGUGCACCACUGGCCAAAAAUGAACUUCUUCUUGAAUGGACACCCCCACCUUCCCGCCCACCUCCUUGUGGAUCACCAUGCCCUAUACCAUGUACCUUUCCAGGGCCAUGUAGACCAUCCAAAUGUAAAUUAAUAGUUUGCAAACCAUCACCAUGUAGGCCUAAAUGCUGCAAAAAGAAACCAUGCGGUCAGCCAUGCAGACCGCCAUGUAAAAAAUGUUGCAAGGUAAGCUGUUGUGGAAAACCUUGUAGCUCUUGCAUUCCUUUUCCACCGCCACCGUGUAAGAAGCCCUGUACACCUCCAUGCUGUAGAUUACCAUGCAAGAGUUCACCUUGCUUGAAGCCAUGUCCAAUUGGUCGUAAGCGCCCACGUAAGUCUAAAAGUCAACCAAAAAUCAAAGCGCACAAGAAACAUCAGUCCCCGUGCAAUAAUAGAGUUAAGGCAUGCCCCGUAGUAAAGUGCCGCAGCAUGCCUGGAUGUUGUGCCAUACCAUUACCUUGCCCACCGAGAAAAUGUUGCUCAGUAGCCCCAUGUAAGCCGCCCAAGUGCUGCAGAAGUAAUUGUUCAUCCUGCUGCGGUUCCUAAAU